AUGGGUCUCGGUAUGGAUAAAUGCUGCUGCCUCAUUCCUUUGCGACUCGGCACCUUUAUUAUCGCCCUCUGGUUCUUUGUCGUCUAUUUGUUCGAUGCUGUCACAGGCUUCAUGGGCAGUAAUGCUGUCACGAUAUACUCUGGACAAGCAGCCAAAGCGUGGUAUUACAUUGGAUUACUGUUGACAGUGAUCAUUUGUGUGGGUGGCCUUUUUGGUAUCCUUGGAUCCAUGUUUGCAUCACGCAAAUUUGCCAAAGCUUUCAGUAUUGUGGCAUGGGUGAACUGCGUCCUUUCCAUCAUCAAAUACCUUAUUUCCCUCAUCAUCAUGUGCGUUUAUCGAGACGACCUUGUCAACUCUUGCCGUCGAUCUGGUUUUGUUGGAUUCGACAACAGCGAAGUACCAUUGUCGCAAGCGGUACUUACCGACAACUCGUACUACACACCUGUACAAUAUCCGGGAACACUCAAUGCACAUGCUACAUCCACAGAACAAUGCCAAUCCAUGGUCCAAACGUUCUUGAUUUGCUUUGGUGUUAUUAUCUUUGUGGUUGAAGUGAUUCAGAUUUACUUUGCAAAGGUGGUCACCAAUUACGCUUCUCGUCUACGAAACGGUGCACGCCAUCAUCGAUUGCACGAUCAACAAAUCAAGGACUUUGAAGAGUCUCGAUAUCACAUGUCCACAGUCUACUAG